AGCUGACUGUUCGUGCAUUUAAGAGGGACAGUGCAAAAUACCCUCAACAUGUUGGUGGUGACAUACUGCGUCCGUGCGACGGGAACACGGAACGCCUUGCUUUCUAUUUAAAGAGCACGCCGAGUCAGACAAAUUUCUCGGUCUUGGAAUAACGCACGACUCGCUCUCUGGUGGACUCAAACGGGGGCUUUAAAAGCUAUAUACAAACGGCAACAAUGGAUUACACACCGGAAGAAUCUGACAGAAUUGACCUCGAUAUGUCGCUGGCGGUGCUGCAGGACGAAGCGGUUGGGGUAGGGAUUGUCGAGGGUGAAGAUGAAGUUGAGGCGCUUCGGAACAGUUUGAAAGACAUUGUGCAAGACCAAGCUGUAAAGCCCAAGUUGCAGUGCGUCAUGAUGGACCCUUCCUUCUCCAUGGUGACGAUACAGAGUGAGGAGAGCGGAAUCAUCUGGGAAACAGCCUCCACCAGGUGCUCCUCUCCCUGGGCCUCUGAGGUCAGCACCAUCUCCGAGGCCUAUGGCCCUGUAGGCUCUGGCAUAGCUGGCAGGAUCAUCUUCAUCAUGGAUGAGGACAAAAUCCACAGGAGGAAGAAAUCAAGCCGUAAGAGCAAGCGGGGUGAGAAAAAAGCUGCCUCCGUGCCUGCAAUUGCCGAAUACUGCCAGGGCGGGGAUGAAAGGCCGGUGAUGGCAGAGGUUUCUGUGCCGAAUAUAAAACCUGAAAUCACAGGUGAAAAUGAGGAGUCAGCAAACUCUAAAGAAGACAAGGAGCAAAGCUUAUUUAACAUCAUCUCUGAAGGCUAUGAGAUACUGAACAUUAUAGUUCCCCCGAAGCUCCCAACAGUGGAUGAGGAGGAAAGUGCUGAAAUGACAGACAACCUGUCUUUUCUAGAGGAAUCCCAAAUGAUCAAACCAAACCCAACAAAUGAGGAAGCAGUGAUGGUGACAGUCAGUCCUGAGAUAAAUAUAUUAGGUGAAGCUAAGGUAGAAGUGGAUGAGCAAAACCUAAAACCAAAAGAACCUGUCACCCCAGAUUCCUCCCUCUAUCUUCAGUGUCCGGUUAGCAAACCAGCGCAAAGGGAUGGAACCAGUGACACUGACUAUUUUGAGAAGUUCACAUUGUUGGAUGAGCAUAUGCCAGAUGACCAGUCUUCAGGUGGGGUGGAGGAGGACAUGCAAAUGAAAGCCAGUGAGGGAGAGGAGACAUCCGAAAAUCAAGAGCAGUUCAAAGAUGGUGUACCAGCCUCAGAAGACUCAGAGGCUUUUGCUGCUGCCGGUGAUGAUGAAAUAGCAAGUGAUCAUCUAGAUGAAGUAUUUUACGGCGGUGGUUGUGAUGAUGAGCUAGAUGAUUCAUCUGCGAAUAAGAACUUCAUAGAACGGGAAGACCAAGCGGCAGGCGAAGGAGAGCCGUUGAAAUCUCCCCUUAAGGAGAGUGGCUCCUCUUUGUUCGGGAGUCAAGAGACAAUUCUUACACCAAUUUUCCUCUCCCCAGGGCCUCCAAAAAUUAUUGAUCCUGCCCUGCUUGAUGAACCGAGAGCAAUGUCAUUUCUCUACACUGAUCUUUAUGAAGAAGCAGUGGGGGAGAGAAAGAAGGGUGAGGAGUUCUCGGACGUAGAGAGCACCGUCUCUGAGAAGUCCAUGCAGAGAAGGCUGUCUGAUACGGAUGAUGCUCAGGGAUACUUUGAAAAAUUCAUUUUGAAAGAUGAAUCCCCAGCAGUCGCAGAUGAACCUGUUGAAGAAGACCACAAAGAGGAAGGAGUAAGAAUGUGGCCCCAAAGCACGCUGGAACUCAUGGGCUUCCUGACGCGUGGACAGGAAGAGGCUCAGAAAGAAGACGACAAGACAGAGGAAAUAAUUGAGAAUUUUUUGGCGCCGUGUGAAGAAGAAAUGGAAGAAAUUAUUGUGACAUCAGAGAGCCCAGACUUAGAGGAUGAUGUGUUUCUACCACAGGUAGAGGAGGGUGAAACACAAAAAGGGGGCAAGAAAGAGACCGAGACUGCUGUUAAACAACAAACAGUGCCUAAAUCUACAGAAACAAGCAAAAAGAUAACUCGUAUCUGUGCAAAUGUACAUAAUGAAGCCUCUACUGACAAUGAAAUAUCCAAAGAUAAACCUGAGGAAAAAGUGAUAGAUCAAGAAACUGAAAGAACAGAAAUAAUUAAUGAAAGGGAGAUGUCAGGUUUUGACACUGAGGAGACCAUUAUGAACAUAAUGCUAAAAGACGACCAUCUAUCAAAGUCUGAACCAGUGACUGGUGAGAUGUACAGAUUGAAAGAGGAAAAUGUAAUCCACAGAGAGGUUCAUCAAGCCAGUGCAACUUGCAACGUUGUCUCAAAAAGAGAGACAACCAUACUUAGCUUGUCGCCUUUGAUUCCAGCAGAAGAGGUACAGGAAGAAGAUCAGAAUGUAGAAGAAGGUUCAUCAAUCCCAGAGAAUAGCCCAGCCUCUCUUCUGGAGUAUCUGCUAGAUUAUGGCAAGGAAACAUAUGUUUCACAGCCUGAGUUGUGUCAAGACGUAAUUCAAGAUGCGGAAACUGCAGAGGCCUUAGAUUAUGAGAUGGUCAGUCAGCCAGAGGUUACGGAUGACCAAGCUGCAGUGACUGAGUCAGUUGAAGACAAUGAAACAGCGGAAAUCCCUGAUCAAGGCUUUGACAUUGUGGAAGUGCCAAACCAAGAUUUGCCAUCCCAGGAGGCAGCGGAGCCAGACUUUGAGGUCGUUAAAGAUGCAGAUGCAAAGUCCUCAGCAGAAAUGGAACAAAAACAAAAAGAUUCCAAAAAGUCAAGAUUUGACUUCUGUGUGGUAUGCCACUGUGUAAUUUCAUCUUCCAGUACGCCUUUUAGUGACCACAAAGACCACAAAGUGUCGACAUUGGAUAAGGCAUAUUAUGAUAUAAAGAGCAAACUGAGCAAGCAGAUAUCUGCGUUACAAGGAAAAUCAGAAAAGAUUGAAGACCUGGUGUCAGAACUGGAGCUGGCAUACAACUCAGUGGAGGAGAACUGUAAAAACAAUGUGCGGUGUCUGGAUGAAGAGAACGAGGAGAUGGUGAGGAAGGUGGUGGAUCAGUACAAUGAGAUGUCCCGGAUUAUGGGGGAGAGGAAGAAGUCGAAGCUGGAGAAGCUGUACGGCCAGAUUGGAACCUUCCAAGAGCGUAUCGAAUUCGCCAGGGAAACUCUGGAGAAGAAGACGAGGGAGAUGGAGGAGUCGGAUCAACUUGCAUUUAUAUUGUCCUGCAAUGACAUUAACAAAAGCUUGAACAUGGCGUUGGAGUGCAGCUCAUCUCUGGAGCCGGUGCUUGAGAAUGACACCAAGGGCAUUGAAGGGAGAGGGCACACGGUGUUGAAAGACAUCUCGGUUCCUCAAAAGCCACUUCUGCUGGCACAGGAGGCCAGCUCUGCCACCUCCACCUCUGUCAUGGUCUACUGGAGAGUCUGUGGGGGUGACAUCAUCAACUACUUCCAGGUCUACUGUUCAGAGUCAGAAGCAGGCACACCAGAGGAAUUCAGGCUGACAGUAAAGGAGAGCUACUGCACACUGGAGGACCUGAGUCCCGACAGGAGUUACAGGGUGUGGGUGAUGGCCGUGAACGACACAGGCUGCAGUUUGCCCAGCGCCAAGCUGUCCUUCAGAACCGCCCCCUCUACCCCAGUGAUCUGCGCAGAGCGGUGCACGGUGUGCUGGGACUCUGCCAUCAUCCGCUGGAGCACCGCCUGCCCGGCUGCCGUGGAGUCCUUCACCCUGGAGUACUGCCGCCAGCACGCCUGCCAGGGGGAGGGCCUCCGGUCCAUUUCUGGGAUAAGAGACUGUGAGCAGAGUGUUCUCCUGCAGCCUAAUGAGAAUUACCUGUUCUACAUCAAAGCUGUGAACUCUGCUGGAGCCAGUGAGCGGAGUGAGGCAGCUCUCAUCUCCUCCAGGGGCACCAGAUUCCAUCUGCUAAAAGACACUGCCAGUCCAGCUCUGGAGCUGUCUGAGGACAAUGUGGUACGGUACCCUGAGGAGACCUUCAGAACAAGGGCUUCACCCAAUGAGUUUCCAGGGGUUCGGGGAGAGCUUCUGCCACCCCGUGGAUGCCAUUACUGGGAGGUAACAGUGGAGGACAGCGAGGCCUACCGGAUUGGUGUGGCCUAUCACACAGCCUCACAGGACAGCCAGCUGGGGGAGAACAGCAUGUCCUGGUGCAUUCACUGCGUUCCCACAUCAACCAGUCGCCGCUAUGAGCUUCUUCACGACAGCACGCAGACGGACGUUUUUACCGCAGAGGUGCCCACGAGGAUCGGCACUCUGCUGGACUGCACGCACGGGCAGCUGUCCUUCUUCAACAGCCAGAGCGGGCAGCUCCUGGGCUCUUUCUCCCACAAGUUCACAGAGCCGUGCCAACCCGUGCUGGUGCUGGAGAGACCUGGCACCCUGGCGCUGAACACAGUGACCGAGGUGCCCAACUUCGCCAAGCCCCGCUAAUGCUGCUCCCGGUCAAGGUCUCACACAUCUGAACACACAUACAGCACUACAGUGGGAAAGGGAGUGGAGUCCCCAAAGGAACGCAUGGGGCAUUUGAUAUUCCUAUGUCAGGUAAAGAUUCCAAGUGCCUGUGUUCUUGGGCUUAACCACAGAAUUUGUGCAUGAUACAUGGUUUUAUGUCCUUGGAUGUUUUAGUUGAUGUGACUGCAACCAGUGAGUGUCCCUGUGUUUUCACAGGAACGGUGAUUUAUUAGUGUCGCAUGAUUGCUCUGAACCCAGUGUAAAUGCUGCAGGUAUGUUUAAAAGCUGAACAUUAUGUAGUUUAUAACAGUAUUUUAUACAGUUAUACACUAUAUACACUUUUUUCUUUAUAAUA